GACGCAGUAGAUGGUCGCGUAAUGAGUGUAAACGGCACCUGAAUGCAUUGGAAAAGGAAGUGUCCUGCCUUUACGGAUAAUAUCUCUCUUUAUCAGAUACGUAUGUGACUAGUUUGGACGCUUACCUUCUUAAACCGGCGCAAAUUCAGAAUCAACUCUUCUCCUGAAAGCAGCGGUGGCGGUUUUUUCGUCAGCUGGUUUGCUAGCAGAAGCGCCUGACCGGACUCUCGCUAUAAAUCAGCAGAACUACCCAACGAGCUGAGUGUUAUUUGCCUUUCUAAAUGAGCUAUAAAGGGAAGUGAAGUUUUAAACGUUAUAUUUCUGGACUUAAUUUAACUGUACGCGUUUAACGGCUUUAAUUUACACGGUGUGUUUUCUAGCAGCUAACGUUAACCGCACGCGCUCUAUGAUAAUAUAACCGAUAAAUGUCUCCAUGACAACGUGUGUGUUGUAGCACAGCUACCGUUGCACAUCUCAGUCUGUAGCAUGUUUACUUGAUGCUGAAGGAGAUGUUUAUACAGCACAACCUGCUGACAGAUAUUAGGUAGCUCACAACUGGAUGGCGACGCAUCGAGGUCCAGUAUGAAACACGAUACGUCUGCGCUUCAGUAACCGUGACCGGAGGCUCAUAGGAGAGAGCCUUCAUUAUGUACCUUAGCUGUAUCAUCGUCCUGUCGAUCAUCUCCACUUCUCGAGACUGAUAUUUUGUGGCUUUUUCUAAACACUCGUGAUCCUGUAAGUGUUGCGCAAUGGCGGGUGUUGGGGUCAGUGUGCUGGCGCGGGGUCAGCUGCCGUCUGCUUCCUCCAACUCCUCACCCACUGAUCCUGAUGCCCGGGGAUGCUCCAACGGGGACUUCAUGGACUCCUUUGGCAUCUUCCUGCAGGGCCUGCUGGGAGUGGUGGCCUUCAGCACCCUUAUGUUGAAACGCUUCAGGGAGCCCAAGCACGAACGGAGACCCUGGAGAAUCUGGUUUCUGGACACCUCCAAACAGGCCAUAGGGAUGCUGUUCAUUCACUUUGCCAAUGUCUACCUGUCUGACCUCACAGAGGAGGACCCAUGUUCACUAUACUUGAUCAACUUCCUUUUGGAUGCGACACUGGGCAUGCUGGUGAUCUAUGGCGGCGUGAAGGCCGUUAGCGCUGUGGUUGAAUGGAGACAGUGGGAUUCGCUGCGUUUUGGAGAGUAUGGUGAGCCGGUUCAGUGCAGUGCCUGGGCGGGUCAGUGUGCUCUCUACAUUCUUAUCAUGAUGUUUGAGAAGGUCAUGAUCAUGUUGGUCCUCCUUAUUCCACAAUGGAAGAAGCUGGCUACGCUCAACCCCAUAACAAACCCUCAUCUGGAGCUAGCUAUCGUCAUGCUAAUCGUCCCGUUUUUCGUCAACGCUCUGAUGUUCUGGGUGGUAGAUAACUUCCUUAUGAAGAAGGGCAGAACAAAAGCCAAACUGGAGGAGAGGGAAGCAGAAGAUGACCCUCGUGGCAACAACAAAGUGCGCUAUAGACGUGCACUGUCACAUGAUGACUCUGAAUCAGAAAUUCUGUUCUCCGCAGAUGACGAAAUGGAGGAUUCAGAUGGUGACGACGAUGUACGAAGACUCACAGGGCUCAAGCCUGUUAAGAAAAAGAAGCACCGUCUUGGUAUUCCAGUUUGAAUUCAAAUCAGUUUAGACUUGAGGCCUCCCUCAUUCUCAUGAGCCCACUUCAUUUACCUGAACAUGGAUCAGUAUGUGAGGGGCAUGAAGACUAACUCAACCUAUGAUUUGUGGGGUAAAGAACCCAUGCUCCGGUACACAAGAGGAGCCUCUAGACAUCAUUAGAAUGAUUCUGGCUCAUUGGAGAUGAUCAGACCAUAACAUUUUCAGUCUGUCAACGUUUUUGUGCACAUUCAUAGUUCUCUUCUGUGGCUGCUUUGUCAUGCUUAAAGAACAUUCGAUUCUCCAGUGGAUAUACAACACGACUACAUCGCCUCCUCGCAUCUGUCCAGCCUUUAAACUUAAAGCGAUUCAAAAUCUUUUAAAAUGUGUCUACGUUACAAAUAACAUGCUGUUAUUCUACUGAAACAAGUACCUUUAAUCAUAUGCAUGUGAUUGAUCACACUGACUUGGACGUUCAAGGUCACUCGAAGUUGGUUCCAAAGCGAGUUUGUGUGUGUAGCUACGGCUGAGAGUUUUGUGAGGAAAUUGUGCUGAUGAAAUGUUACUGAAUAACAUCGGUCAGCAGUGUUAUGAGCCAGCAUUAUAAUACAGUUGGUACAGUCUGCUUGCAAUGUGUUUUUAACCGAUUUGUGAAGGUACGUAAAUCCAGGGAUGCCUCUUUCAGACCCCUGACUGGGAUGGUUUGUCUUACUGUUGCUUUUCAAAGUGUAUCUGCCUCAAUUCAGUGUCGCUGUGUUCUAACACUGAUCUUUUUCAACAGUUGUUUUUGUUGUCUGUAUGGCCUCCUAAAAAGACAGCUCUACCAAAAAUGUUGUUUCAAACCUGUAUGAUUUUCAUUCUUCUGCAGAAUAUUAUCAAGAACACUGCGGUCCCAAACAACAUCGGACCCCACUGACUUCCACUGUAUAAAAGUCAUGCAGCUCUUGAACAGCUUUUCAUUUUUGGGUGAACUGUCUUUAAGUUUUUGUUUCUGUUUUGCUACUCACUGCAGGGUAGAUGCUGUGGUGCGGAUGCUUCUGUAACCUCUUGCACAGUUUGGUGUUACAUUGUGAUGUCUUUGUAUGCGGUAUUACCUUCAAGUUUUCUAUGUUUUUAAGCAUUCCCCUUUGUCUCUAUAUGAUAUUUAGCACUCGGACACUGUCAAACUUUAAAUACUAAACCAGCAGGCCUUUCUUCCCAAUGCUUUCUCAUCCACCCUCACAUUUUUCUGCUGUUAUUUGAUUCCAACACUGAAGCACAGAUCCUUGGAGAAUGAUGUGUUUGCACCAUGCAUUCUCUGCAAAAAUCGUAAAACUGACACUGUCAGAUUCGUCUUUGUAAUGUGAAGAGAAAGUUGCCUGUAGGUUUGGAGUUGGAGUGAAUGUAAUUGGGAGUACAGGACCAGCCGUCUUGCCGCUUGUAUUGUUAAACUGAUAUUUAAUGGACCAAGUUUGUGGGAUUACUAUGUUUGCACACGGUUUGUGUUUUACAGGGAAGAAAUAAAACCAGGCUUACUGGUCAGGCCUGCUUGGAUGAACAGGUUACUGAUAAGGUGGAAAACUAGAAACUGCCUUUCCCUCUCCAGGUUUGAUUCUGACUUUUAUUACAGACCAAUCUUGGCUACAGUUGGUGGCGAAUGAAACAAUUGGAUGUGGAGGGGUGUUAAGUACUAAACAAUAUUAGAUGAAUCAGAAUUACUGACAAAUUAUCUUAUGUAUGCUUUUUUAAUAAACAGUGUAAAAUA